AUGAGUGAAUUAAUUCAAGUACAGAACAAUGGUGUUUCUGAUGAUUCAUAUAUGGAUGUUUUAAGAGAAGAAAGAGAGUCAUUAGAGGAAAGUUUUGAAGCAACAAUAAAGAUAAUUGAUCAAUUGAUUGAAUUUUAUUCAUUAGACCCAACAGAUGAAACCAAUAUAUCCAAAUAUCAAGACCUUAUAAGGACAUUAUCAAAAGAUCCUUCAGUUAUAUUUAGACAUUCCAAGAAUAUUGAUCGUUUAGAGAAAUCAUUCCAGCGGUUAUAUAGAGAAAGAUUAGAUGAAUUAUCAAAGAUAAAUUUACAUUCAUUUAAAGAUGUUUCCACAAAUUUAGAAACAUUGUAUGAUCAAAAUUUAGUUAAUAAUGAAAUUGAAACACUGGAAAGGGAUCUUGGUGAUUUGAAACCGAUUGAAUUAGAUUCAGAUAAAGUAUUAACAUUAGAUCUUUCACAAGAUCAAUUAUUAGAAGUUUUAAAGAUUGAAAAGGAUAAAAGAGCUAGAUUUAGUUUCUUAAAUGAACGUGUUCAUGAACCAGAGAUUAAGAAAUUGGAAGGUUCUUAUGAUAAAUGGAGUGAAAGAGAAAAAGAUUUGAAAAGAUUCUUAACAGUGGAUUUGGAGAAAAUUAAUAAACAAAUUCAAAAUGUUAAGAAGACUGAAGGAUUGGAGCUAUGA